UCAACUGACUAACCGAACGAAAUGUGUCGCUUGGAACAACUCGCGCUUGCAGCACUGCUUGCAGCUGUGCUCUUGAUACACAACGCGGCAGCCAACCAGCAGGCAAGGACCUGCUAUGCCUGUGAAGGCAUUAACUGUCAAAGAACGUCACUUGCCCAAGAGCAGAAGUGUUUGAAUGCCUUGGACUAUUGUGUGACUGUCUUUGAUAAGUUUACCGUUGUGGUAAAGGGCUGCUCACUAGAGGUGCCCAGUGAUUUGCGCCGCCGCUGUGAUGCCAACACUGUCGAAUGCCAUAAAUGCAACACUGAUCGCUGCAACAAUUUGGGUCAACCGAAUUAUCUGUGCUUGCAGUGUGACUCCAGCAAGGAUGCCAAUUGUGCUAGCGCUGCCAGCACUGUAACACCAACACGCUGCCCCUCCCCGACUGCCCAGAACUCCUAUUGCUAUGUGAAAUACGACGGCGGUGUCACCACACGUGGCUGUGCCACAACUCUGGCGGACCAACGCAGCUGUUACGCGAGUGCCAAUUGCAUGCUCUGCUCACCCGGCGAACUGAAGAGCUGUAAUAAUGUGGACUUCAAACCCGGUACACGGGCUCUGCGGCUUUAGAAAGUAAUUCAUAUGUGUAUAUUUGAGUGGUUAAGUAAAAUUGUAAAAUCUUAGCGGUUUUGAUGUUCAACUUGUUUUUGUUUUAUAUUUAAUAAAUAAAUUGUUAAAUGUGUGGUUGCAUUUGUCGAAAA